CCGAGACACUUGCCUCCGCCUCGCAACCAUCUCGCAGCAACCAUGCCAACUCAAUCCUUCCGCUUCCUUGAUCUCCCGAAGGAGUUGCGCCUCAUGGUAUACGAGCACCUGCCCAUCACCACACGCCACCAUGUGCUUAAGGAUCCCGAUCCAGAAUUCUGCCCGGCAGGCGAAUCCUCAAUAGUCUUCGUGAUCAAGUCUUUGCCGGUAGCUCUAUUGGGGACAUGCCGUCAGAUCAACGAUGAAGCGCGCCCAUUCCUUGCGCCAAAGCUGGAGCGGCUGCGCGCUGAGCCGACCCGCUUUAUCGUCGACUCGACGAGCAUGAAGUCCUUCAUGCACGAGAGGGUUACUUGCGUUCUCGACUUAGUCUACGUCUUGGCACGGAAUUGCCGCCUGUACGAAUGCGCGUCGAGAGUCGCGAUAGCGGAGCGUGCACACCCACCAGCCGCCUGCGCUUCUGAGAUUCUGAUUACCACACACGAUCAGCCGGGGUCCGCGGGAAGCCUCUUUGGCCGGAUCAGAGUGCUUCAGGGAAAUUUCGGGAUGGGGGAUGCCUUCUUCGGGCGGAUCGCAAAAGUCGGAGUAGUGGUGAUGCCAGGCCGCUCGGGGGAACACGAACUAGGCAUGCAUGAGGCGGCGCAGAAGUUAGCUGAGAGAAAUGGCGGCAAAUGCCAUCGGAUCGAGAAGCCGGACGUGGAGACCUGGGUUCAGCAGUGGGGUCAGGGCGAAAACUACUAAGAGGAUGUGGUUACGGAAGUGAUUAGAAUGCUCCCGACAGGGCAGGCUGGACAAGGCGGGCGCCCGUAUCGCGAACAAAUUCAUGACGUUAGGCCUGAGGAGAUG